AUGGAUCUUCCCUCGGGAUCACGAUCAGAGCUUCCCUUGGGAUUGGGCUCGGAGCUUCCCUUGGGAGCGGGAUCAGAGCUUCCCUUGGAACCAGGCUUGGAGCUUCCCUCAAGAGCAAGAUUGGAGCUUCCUUUGGGAUCAGGAUCGGAGCUUCCCUCAAGAGUGGGAUUGGAACUUCCCUUGGAGCCAGGCUCGGAACUUUCCUCAGAACUGGUAUUGGGAUUGGAGCUUCCCUCGGAACUGGGAUCUGAGCUUCCCUCAGAAGUGAAAUCGGGCUCAGAGCUUCCCUUGGAACCGGGCUCAGAGCCUCCAUCGGGAUCUGAGCCUCCCUCGGAAGUGAGAUCGGGCUCAGAGCCUCUGUUGGGAUCUGAGCUUCCCUCAGAAGUGAGAUUGGGCUCAGAGCUUCCCUUGGAACUGGGCUCUGAGCCUCUGUUGGGAUCUGAGCCUCCCUUGGAAGUGAGAUCGGGCUCAGAGCCUCUGUUGGGAUCUGAACUUCCCUUGGAAGUGAGAUCGGGCUCAGAGCUUCCCUUGGAACCGGGCUCAGAGCCUCCGUCGGGAUCUGAGCCUCCCUCGGAAGUGAGGUUGGGCUCAGAGCUUCCCUUGGAACCGGGCUCAGAGCCUCCGUCGGGAUCUGAGCCUCCCUCGGAAGUGAGAUCGGGCUCAGAGCCUCUGUUGGGAUCUGAGCUUCCCUCGGAAGUGAGAUUGGGCUCAGAGCCUCCGUCGGGAUCUGAGCCUCCCUCGGAAGUGAGAUCGGGCUCAGAGCCUCUGUUGGGAUCUGAUCUUCCCUUGGAAGUGGGAUCUGAACUUCCCUUGGAAGUGAGACGGGGAUCUGAGCCUCCCUCUGAACUGGGAUCUGAACUUCCCUUGGAACCAAGACUGGGAUCUGAGCCUCCCUCAGCACCAGGAUUGGGCUUGGAUCUCCCCCCGGAGCUGGAGUCCGUGCCGCUGGGGCUGAAGGCCAUGGUGGUGGUGAACUCCACGCCCUGCAGCGUCACCUGCGGGCUGGGCGUCAAGCAGGAGCAGCUGUGCGAGGUCAGCCCGGCCGGGCAGCGCCGCAACUGCUCCGUGGUGCGCUCGCGCUGCCUCAGCGAUUGGAUCUGCGGCCUCCGGCACCUCAGCGUUCCCGAGGGAAAACCCCUCCAGCUCACCUGCCUCACCCCGGACGCCGCCAGCCUGGAGGGACCAAAUUUUGGCUACACCUGGAAGUUCGCCCGGGGGCUCAUCACCACCAACGACCUCCUGUUCCACCCUUUCCGCAAUCCCAGCCCUUCCCUGAGCUUCUCGCCGGCGCUGGAGUCGCAUUCCGGCACCUACCGCUGCGACGUGCAGGUGCUGAGCUCCUUCCAGUUCGUCAAGAGGAUCUACUUCGGCCUCAGGGUGAUCCCCAGCGAUCUGGUGGAUCUGGACUUCCAGAAAUCCCUGACUUGGGAGCAGCAGCUGGCGGCCAUCGGGGAGGAACCGCCGGGAAACGCCACGGGCCCCCUGGAGCAGCGGAAGAGAUUUUGGGAGAAGCAGUGGUUUUACGAGGUCGUGCUGGGAAUGGGGUGUGGGGUGAUCAUGGGGAUCGUGUUCAGCUUCGGGCUCUGCUGCCUGGGCGGCAUUUGCAGGAGAAGAGCAGCACGAGAAAUGAACGGAGACUGACGCAAUUCCCUGUCUUUGGCUCUUUGUUAGGAUCAGGAAUUCAGGGUGGGAAUCUUGGGAUCUUCCGCAGUUGGAUUUUGGUGAUCCUCCCAACUCAGGACCAUCCAUGGAUCCCAGACCCAUUUAAUGGGAUAUUUAGAAUUUAUUUGCAACAGACACAGUUUAUUAUUGAAUAUUUUUGGCUACUUUGGAGCCUGGAUUAGGAAUUCAGGAUGGGAUUCUUCGGGUUGUCCCCAGUUGGAUUUUGAUGAUCAUCCCCUUCCAACUCAGGACAUUCCAUGGAUCCCAAACUACUUAAUGGAUAUUUUAAAUUUCUUUGCAACAGACACAGUUUAUUAUUGAAUAUUUUUGGCUGCUUUGGAGCCUGGAUUAAGAAUUCAGGAAUUCAGAAUGGGAUUCUUUGGUUUGUCCCCAGUUGGAUUUUGGUGAUCCUCCCCUUCCAACUCAGGACAUUCCAUGGAUCCCAUAAGUAUUUGAUGGGAUAUUUAGAAUUUAUUUGCAACAGACACAAUUUAUAAAUUAAUAUUUCCGGCCACUUUGGAGCCUGGAUUAGGAAUUCAGAAUGGGAUUCCUGGGGUCGUCCACGUUUUUUCCUUUUACCAGAAUGACACAAAAAUGCUUUGAUAUCGAAAAACAUGGGUAUGGAGGGAAAUAAUUUUAUUUAUUUGAAUGAAAACCAAACCAGGCACUUGCCAGAGCUGAUUCCCAGAGGGUUUUUUUCACCUCCUGAACAUGGAAAAAUCGGGACUGACCCAUCACAGCGGGCUGGGAGUUAAUGGUCCAGAGCUGCCCCAUCUGCAGGAGCCUCUCUGCUCUUUGUCAUGGAAAUUUCAGUGUCUUGGGCCCAGCUGGGAUUCCCAAAUCCAGCGGGAUGAAAGCUCCAGCUCUGCUGGGGGAGUCAGAGCGGGAGCCAAAAAUCUCCUUCAUCUUUGGGUCGUGGGGUUUUGUAAUUUCUGAGGGGAGCCAGAUGCUCGGAGCAGGGAAAAUGAAUCCAUAAUUGGAGUUUUUAUUUGGAGGCCGAGGGCUGGGAUGGCCACUGGGGUCCAGCUGUCACCAAGGGCCUUUAAUGGGAUUUUUUUUAGGGUGCCCUUUGAUUUUUGAAGGGUUAUUAAGGACUGGGGGAUGUUUAUCAUAACAGGGGAAGGAAGGGAAAGGGAACAGCAGAGGUUGGAGCUCAGUGCAAGCAGGGAAGUAAAAACCCUUUUUAUCCCUCCUUUUUUCCCUCUCUCCCUGCAAAACAAUCUUUUCUUAAUGAAUUCCCACCAUAAAGGGCAGAAAUUUAGGAAAAAAAUGUCUCUCUCUGCUCUGAACUCCGGGAACUUUGGGAUCACCAGAGGCUGGAGCUGGGCAGGGCUCCUUCCCUCUUUCCUUCCUUCAUCCUUCCCUCUCUCUAUCCUUCAUCCUUCCCUCUCUCCAUCCUUCAUCCAUCCCUCUCUCCAUCCUUCCUUCAUCCUUCCCUCUCUCCAUCCUUCAUCCUUCCCUCUCUCCUUCCUUCAUUCUUCCCUCUCUCCAUCCUUCAUCCUUCCCUCUCUCCAUCCUUCCUUCAUUCUUCCCUCUCUCCUUCCUUCAUCCGUCCCUCUCUCCAUCAUUCAUCCUUCCAUCUCUCCAUCAUUCAUCCUUCCCUCCAUCCUUCAUCCUUCCCUCUCUCCAUCCUUCAUCCUUCCCUCUCUCCAUCCUUCAUCCUUCCCUCUCUCCAUCCUUUCUUCAUCCUUCUCCUUCUCUCCAUCCUUCGUCCUUCCCUCUCUCUAUCCUUCCUUCAUCCUUCCCUCUCUCCAUCCUUCCCUCUCUCCUUCCUUCAAUCCUUCAUCCUUCCCUCUCUCCAUCCUUCCUCCUUCCUUCCAUCCUUCAUCCUUCCCUCUCUCCAUCCUUUCUUCAUCCUUCCCUCUCUCCAUCCUUCCCCCUCUCCCUCCUCCCUCCAAAUCCCCUGAAUUCCACUUCCCUCCCUGGCUCUGCCCACCUUUAACCCCAGGCUGUGUUUUGGGAAGCUCAGAGAGGUUUUAAGGAGGAUUCUGAGCCUUUUCCUGCCCUUGGUGGCUCUGGCUGAGCGUUCAAUGUAGAUUUUUGUCGUUUCCCCAGCUCUGAGUGCCGGAUUUGCAGGUGCAGAUCCCUCCCCGUGGCUCUCCCAACCCUGGAUUAACGGAAUGCCAGAAGGGGCUGCCCAAAACGGGGCUUAACAAAGCCUGAGCUGCCCUGUCUGGAGAGGGAUUUCCCUGCCUCCCCCUGGGCUAAAAAGGGCGAGGAAUUGGCAUUUAAAGGGAAAACUUCACAUCAGGGCCCA